AUGGCGACGCACUCGCCCACGCGCGUCGCGGCAGCGACCAGCCCACACCCGGAGGAAAAGCCACCUAGUAACUUAAUCUCACCCUUGGAUUCUAGCGCGGUGUAUUCAAAAAGCAAGCCCCAGAAAAAAAUCGGCGACCUCAUCGACUCGCGGCUCCAACGCAAAUGGUCCUGGUGGCUGAACCCCCUCCGGCUGCAGAAGAUCCCUCCCAUUCCCGAGGAGCGGUCUGUCUGCCCUGAAUAUGGCGCGGGGAUUUUUAGUAUCAUUAGCUUCCAGUGGAUUGCUUCUUUGAUGCAUGUCGGAUACUUACGUCCUAUCGAGCAGCAAGAUAUCUGGAAGGUUAAUCCAGAUCGAGCCACUGCCCGGCUCGUCGAACGUUUCCAAGACGCGUACCGCCGACAAUUGGAACAGGGAGAGAGAAACCAGAAUGAGCAUCGGAACCUCCUCCUCAUCUCCCUGUACGAGACCUUUAAAUACGAAAUUUGGGUCGGCGGCAUCUGCCAGCUCAUCAGUGCCAUCAUCUCCGUUCUCACUCCCCUGGCCACACGGUAUCUGAUCUCCUUUGCUUCGGAUGUCUACAAUGCCAAACAUAGUGGCCUGCCAGGCCCGGGCAUCGGGCGGGGCAUCGGCAUCGUCAUCGGAAUAACCUGCAUGCAGGUUCUCCAGAGCCUGGGGAAUAACCAUUUCAUGUAUAAGGGGAUGAUUGUUGGUGGGCAAGCGAAGGCUGUGUUGACGAGCGUGAUCUUCAACAAGGCACUGAAGCUAUCUGGGCGUGCGAAGAGCAGGUGGACCAAUGGCAGGAUUCUGACGCUGCUCAGUGUCGACAUCGACCGCAUCAAUAUCGCGUCGGGCAUGCUUCAUAUUCUAUGGACUGCCCCACUUACCAUAAUUCUCACGUUGGUCAUUCUCGCGAUCAAUAUCGGGUACAGCGCUCUGUCCGGUUACGCCCUGCUCGUCAUCGGCACCCCCCUCUUGGCCUACUCCAUCCGCUCUCUCGUAAAGCGCCGCAAAACUAUCAACAAGCUCGCCGACCAGCGCGUAUCCCUCUCCCAGGAACUCCUGGAAAACAUCCGUAUUGUCAAAUUUCUUGGCUGGGAAUCCAGUUUCCUGUCCCGUCUAACGGAAAUCCGUGGUCGUGAGAUUAAGGAGAUCCGGCUACUUCUGGCAAUUCGGAACGCCAUUCUCUGUGUCUCGCUCUCGCUGCCCGUGUUCGCGUCGAUGCUGUCAUUUAUCACGUAUUCGCUGUCCGGGCAUGCGCUUACACCAUCUCGUAUUUUCUCCUCUGUGGCGCUGUUCAAUGGGCUGAGGAAUCCACUAAAUCUCUUGCCACAGGUCAUUAGCCAGGUGACAGAUGCAUGGACAGCGAUUCAUCGCAUUCAGGAUUUCCUGCAGGCGGAAGAGCGGAGGGAGGAUGUGAAGUUUGACGAAGGGAUGGACCAGGCUAUCCGUUUGGAGAAUGUGUCCUUUACCUGGGAAAAGGUGUCGUCUGAAGAGCAAGGUGGAAAUACACAGCAUCCGUGGUCAAAAUCGCAAAAGAGUCAAGCUAGGGAUGAGAAAGGCGAGCCGGAGCCCUAUAAGCUGGCAAAACUCACCCUCUCCAUCAAGCCGAACGAGCUGAUAGCAGUCAUCGGCUCGGUAGGAUCCGGCAAGUCAUCCCUUCUAUCAGCCCUGGCCGGGGAGAUGCGGUUAACAACAGGCGAGGCCCGAAUCAGGUCCAGCACAGCAUUCUGCCCACAGCAGGCCUGGAUUCAGAGUACCUCUAUCAAAAACAACAUCUUGUUCGGCAAGGCGUACGAUGAAAAGUGGUAUAACGACGUCGUGGACGCGUGUGCUUUGAAAACAGAUUUCGAGAUGCUGCCCGCAGGUGACGAAACGGAGGUCGGGGAACGAGGCAUCACCUUGUCAGGCGGCCAGAAGCAGCGCCUAGACAUUGCGCGUGCGGUCUACUCGAACACAGACAUAAUCCUGCUGGAUGAUCCGCUUUCCGCUGUUGAUGCCCAUGUUGGUCGUCAUAUUAUGGAUCGUGUAAUCUGCGGCCUGUUGCGGGGGAAAUGCAGGAUUCUAGCGACACAUCAACUACAAGUUGCAAGUCGCUGCGAUAGGAUUGUCCUGCUCGAUGACGGGCGUAUUCAGGCUUUUGAUACUUUCGACAAUUUGAUCCGGGAUAAUUACAUCUUCCACCAGCUCAUGUCCGGGAUGGCGCAGGAGAGAGAGGAGACAAAGCAAAGUGACACAAUGGGCGAGGGGUAUACGGAAAAGACUUCGAAGAAGACCCCUCGGACUGGAAAGGCAAUCAUGCAAAAGGAAGGACGGGAGAUCAACUCGGUUAGCUGGAGCGUCUGGAAAGCCUAUAUCUUAGCCUCCGGGCCCCGCUCCAGUUUCAUAUACAUGCUGAUCUUAACCCUCAGCCUUCUGGCCACGGGCGGCGCGACAAUCACGACGAAUCUAUGGCUGGCUUAUUGGACCUCCAGCAAGUGGGAUCUUUCCAAUGGGCAGUAUAUCGGCAUCUACGCAGGCCUCGGCGGGGCCCAGGUCUUGUUCAUGUACACAUUCGCCUUGAUGCUGGCUAAGGCGGGCACAGAUGCAAGUAAGCUGAUCCUCCAGCGUGCCGUGGAUAGAGUCAUCAGGGCGCCAAUAACCUUCUUCGAUACGACCCCUAUCGGACGUAUUAUGAAUCGUCUGUCGAAGGAUAUCCAGGUCAUGGACAAUGAGUUGACAGAAGGCCUGCGGACGUUCGCUGUGACGAUCACGACCAUCAUCUCAGUCAUUAUACUCAUCAUUUUAUUUUACCACUAUUUCGCCAUCGCCCUCUUCCCGCUGCUCAUUCUCUUCCUCCUUGCCGCAAACUACUACCGCGCCUCGGCCCGUGAUAUCAAGCGACAUGAUUCCAUCCUCCGAUCACACGUUUUCGCCCAAUUCAUUGAAGCCAUCUCCGGUGCAGCCUGUAUCAGAGCAUACGGGCUGCAGAAGCAAUUUAGCCUUCGUAUCAACACAGCUAUCGACGAAAUGGACGGCACGUACUUCCUCACCAUGGCCAACCAGCGCUGGCUCAGUGUCCGACUCAAUGCCGUGGGAACUGCGAUGGUAUUCGUGACGGGCAUCCUGGUCGUAACCUCUCGAUUCAGUGUCUCGCCCAGCAUCGCGGGUUUGGUCCUCGCAUACAUAUUGAUGAUUGUGCAGACCCUGCAGUUUACCGUUCGCCAGCUUGCAGAGGUAGAGAAUCACAUGAACGCUACCGAGAGACUACAUUCGUACGCUACUCAGUUGGAGACGGAGGAAAAGGAAGACGCGUGCGGCCAGCAGGGCACACUCAGCCAGCUUUCUCCCACCUGGCCGCAAAAUGGGACUAUCACGUUCUCAAACGUGCACAUGCGAUAUCGCCCAGGUCUUCCGCUCGCACUACGUGGCCUGAACCUCGAGGUCCGUAGUGGAGAGCGCAUUGGGAUUGUUGGUCGCACCGGCGCGGGGAAAUCAAGCAUCUUAUCGGCACUGUUCCGCAUUACCGAAUUGGCAGUGGGUACGAUCAAGAUAGACGACGUUGACAUCACGACCGUCCCGCUAGAUUCCCUCCGUUCUCGCCUUGCGAUCAUUCCCCAGGAUCCAACGCUUUUCCGGGGCACGGUGCGGUCGAAUAUCGAUCCGUUUAAUGAACACACGGAUCUGGAAUUAUGGUCUGCAUUGAGAAAAGUCUACCUAGCAGGGGAUGAAGGAAACGAAGAAGUAGAGGGGGAAGAAAAAGACGGCCCACACAGCAAACCAGCAGCCCUAAAGCUAGACACGGUCGUUGAAGAUGACGGCCGGAAUUUCUCAAUCGGACAGCGACAACUGCUAGCGUUUGCACGGGCUCUGGUACGAAACUCGCGCAUUACCGUCUUGGACGAGGCUACGUCGUCAGUGGAUCUGGCUACGGAUCGUCGUAUUCAACAAAAUAUCGCUAUGUGGUUCCAGGGAAGGACUCUGAUUUGCAUUGCGCAUCGGCUGCACACCGUCCUUUCGUGUGAUCGGAUUGUCGUGAUGGACCAGGGCCAGAUUGCGGAGGCGGAUCCGCCAUUGCGGCUGUGGGAGUGCGACGGGGGUAUCUUUCGGGGGAUGUGUGAUCGAUCUGGCAUCACAAGGGAGGAUUUCGAUUGUUCAUGA